CGUGCCGUCGUCGGGACCCACGCCCCGUGGCGUGGCCUGGAGCCGCCACCCGCUUAGCAGAAUAACCGUGUGGCUGUGCCUCUCCUCUCCGUCCGUCGUCUCCCCCAGCAGGCCAGCACAGCACAGCACAAUGGACGCCGCCGUCUCCCUCUCCCUCUCCCUGCCCCUGCACCACCACGUCCACGGCGCGCACCCGCUCCCUCUCCCAGCGCCCCACCACCACCACCACCACAACCACUGCGCCGCAAACGCGCCGUCGUCCAAGGCCCACGCCCAGGCUCCUCCAUCGGCGCGCCUGAGCCUCGCCGUCGCCGCGCGCCCCAUCUCGCCGUCGUCCCCGGCGCCCGCGGUCCCAGCUCAAGCCCCACCCGCCGCGCGCUCCUCCAGCCGCGCCGCGACGGGGUACGCUGCCGCGCUGGCCGACGCGUGCGCCCGCGCCGGCACGCUGCGCCGCGCCGCGCGCCACGCGCGCAAGCUCCUCGUCCUCCGCCCUGGGCGGCUGGAAGUGGACGCUGCCGCGGUCGUGGAGCAGAUGGACGCGCGGGUGGCCGCGCUCGUCAGGAUGCUCGUCGCCAAGGGCAAGACCGGGAUGGUCGCCGAGGCCCUCGCCGAGUUCGCCGCCAUCUGCGACCACCUGCUGCCGCACCAGCCGCCGCGCGCGCGCCACGCCUACUAGCUAGGCCUGCUGCUUUAAACAAAAGUUAAUUGAACAUCUGUACAAUGAUGAACACUACGCCAUGCAUGCUUUGUAUCAAAUACACGACCAUUUUGGCGCUACAGCAUUUGUCACUCUGAAUUAUGCAGAAUAUGCAGUAGCAUUUAGCAGCAAAACAGGUGGAGCUUACUUAUUAUUGGUUGGUUUACUUGCUUGGCUAGUGGCUACAACAUUUUAUCCCAGACUCCCAUUUACAUA